AUGAUUUCUGUUACGGCCACUGGCAUGAAAGAAGUUAGCCAAAAGAUUAAGGCUACUCCAGUCGAUGAUGUUUUAUUGACAACUUAUCCGGAAGAUUCUGAACCCAUCCCUUUGAAAUGGGGUGCUUCAGACUACCAGGAAAGAGGUCCUGUGGUUCCUUCCAAGUUUAAGAACGGUGUGAGCAAACACAAUUGUAUUGGUGCACAUGCUGGUCCCUACUGUAUCUAUCAUGCGUUGGCGAUUGGAUCUAAUCAGUUAAAGCGUGAUCACAUUCCAGAUUUCACCAAUUCACAACCUGCUUUCACCAUUCCCGAGCAGCCAUCCUGGUUCAACGAUAGUGACAUUGUGUCCAUGGACCCCUUCGGUCAUUUGACGCCAUAUUUAUUUGAUGAAGUUUCGAAAACUGAAGGUGUUGAGAUUAGACCUACAAUUGCAAUCACCAAGGCCACUAUGCAGUUGUUAGAGAUGAAGGAAGCUGUUGAGAAAGGUGAAUUGAAGGUAGAUGGUCAAAUUGUUGUUAAUGAAAACGGUGAUUUGAAUGUUUCCAAAAUUGCGGUUGAACCUGUUUGGUACUUGCCAGGUGUUGCUCAAAGAUUUGGUAUCUCUGAAGAAACUUUGAGAAAGUGUUUAUUCGAGGACACCAACGGUAUGUACCCUGAGUUGAUUACCAGACCAGACAUCAAGACGUACAUGCCUCCAAUUGGUGGUUUGACUGUAUACAUCUUUGGCGACCCACAACGUAUUUCUAACCCAGACAAAAAGAUUGCUUUAAGGGUACACGAUGAGUGUAACGGAUCUGACGUCUUUGGAUCUGAUAUUUGUACUUGUCGUCCAUACUUGAUGUUUGGUAUUCAAGAAGCUGUUAAGGAAGCCCAGAACGGCGGGUCCGGAAUUGUGGUGUACUUCCGUAAAGAAGGCCGCGCAUUGGGUGAAGUGACGAAAUACUUGGUGUACAAUGCACGUAAGAGAGGUGGAGAUACCGCAGAUGCUUACUUCCACAGAACCGAAUGUAUUGCCGGUGUGAGAGACAUGAGAUUCCAACAAUUAAUGCCAGAUGUUCUAAAGUGGCUCGGUAUUUCAAAAAUUGAUAAAAUGUUGUCUAUGUCGAAUAUGAAGUAUGAUGCGAUUGUCGAAUCGGGUAUUGAAAUUGUUGAACGUGUUCCAAUUCCAGACGAAAUGAUUCCUCCUGACUCUCGUGUUGAAAUUGAUGCUAAGAUUAAUUCUGGUUAUUUCUCUACUGAAAAAGCACCAACUAUUGAAGAGCUCCAAUCUGUCCGUGGUAGAACAUGGAAUGAUGUGUAA